CGCAGUCGCUGCGUGAACAUGCCGCGCCCCCUCGUACUUGUGGCAGGUGCAUACAUAUUAAUUUGUUGUGGAUGGAUUGAUGCAUUGAUUUCCGAUCCUGCAGUGGUCUGCCCAGCAUUAUCAGAGCCAACGAGGACAAUAAAAUGCAACCUGAACGGUACACAAGUCGAUUGUAAAAAAUCUAUGGUUCCUGGAACUGAAGCAGUGGUCCAGUGUGAAUUGUUGUACACACAUAUAAAACAACUUUCACGUUUCUUUAUUAGGUGCCAGCCAAAUGGAACGUGGUCUGGAGAAAUCACCCCAUGUGAACCAAAGUGUGGUGAAACUAAUCCUUCCACUCGCGUCGUUGUGAGCUUACGUGGUUACCACUAUUGGUGGUAUUUGUCAAAGAAAACCAAAGAGUCUUCUUUCGACAUUCCUUGGCAUGCUGGCGUGUAUUUGAAAUAUGAAGGAAAAAAUAUUUUUAUUUGCGGAGGCACAAUUAUUUCAGAGCGUGUGAUUGUAACUGCUGCACAUUGCUUCUGGGAUGUAUCUUCUAGUCAGCAGAAGGAUCAGAAGCUUUUCAAAAUUGCUGCUGGGAAAAUCUAUCAUGACUGGUAUAGUGAUGAGCUGUAUGCACAGAAACGAGAAAUUGAUAAAAUAAUUUUACAUCCGCGUUUUAGAGGCGAUGCACUAAACUGGAUGGCUGACAUAUCCCUUGUUAAACUCAGAGAACCUCUUAUAAUGACUUUCGCAAUUCGACCAAUUUGUCUUGAUUUUGACAAACAAUUUCAAACGCUCUUUACUCCUGGAAAGAUGGGAGUUGUUGUCGGUUGGGGUGGCAACGUGAACAAGACUCGGAGGGAAAAACUCCGCCAAUUAAACCUACCAUAUGUUAAGUUCGAGGAAUGUGAAAAAGCAGUACCUCAAUCAUUUCUGGCAUUCCUUACAAAUGACAAAUUUUGUGCAGGAUAUCUUAAUGGCGAGUUUAAUUUAUUUUGUCGCGCUAGCAAAAUAGCGAAGUUACAAUUGUUGAAGGUACAAGUGUAUGCCCUGGAGACAAUGGCGGUGGGUAUGCAACGCAAUUUAGGGAUGGAAAAUGGUACUUAAUGGGUGUUGUGAGUGUAGGAGUACCAGCAAAAGAUGAAAGCAUUUGCAAUGUAUUUUCGUACACUACCUAUACGAGUGUAUCUUUUUACUACGAUUUUAUAAGUUCAUUGCAAUAAAAAGUAUAUACUAAAAUGUAGCGUGGACAAUUCAAAAGAAGCGAUAAAUAAUUAAUAUGUGUCUACUUUUAAAUAAAUAAAAAAAUGAUUGUUAACAUACUACUAUUAAUUAUUUUGUUCUGUUUGUUUUCCACGUACUUUGAAUGAUGGUAAUGUGUUGAUUCCAAGUCGGUUUAGUGCAAUGUAAAAUGACCAGAAAUAUAACUCUUUAUAAUAUUGGUAUGUGUUCCAUGUACAAUUGCACGCCAUGGAGACGCUGGUGGUGGCUAUGCAACGCAAUUGAGGAAUGGAAUAUUGUACAUUUUGUGUGUUGUGAAUGUAGGUUGGGCACCGCCUGAUAACAGCGUUUGCAACGUAUUUGCAGACACUAUCUACCAAGUGUAUUCUAUUCAAGGAUUUUAUCAGUUAAUUGAAAUGAAACGUAAAUAGUCGAAGCAUCGCUUACAAAAUUGAAAAUGUUUGAUAAUUUAUUAAUGAUUCUACUUGUUAAUGAAACUUGUUAACGAUUUGUUCACAUUAUUGUAUUUACGAAUACAAGUGAUUUAAAUGAUGUUUAAUAAAGUUUCUCGAAAAC